AUGCGUGUAUUUCCACGUAUUAUUAAAUCCACUUUUAAAAGUCAAUUUCAACAUCAAAAUGAAACGGUCAAUUUCAACAUGAAAAUUGAACAUAUCGCUUUGGCCAUUAUCAUAGCACUUUGGUUAACAUCAUCAGCAGGUGCAACAAAUUCUAUAGUAUCAACAACAAAUACAACAAUCGCAACAACAACUCCAACACCUCCAUGUUCACCAACUUCUGUUGGCUCUGCAAGUACUCUUUAUACAACAUCAUCUGGUAGUGGAACUUCUUACACAUGUUUUUCCUAUGCAUGGACGUCACCUGCUACAGGUCUAGUUACUCUUGCCUUUGAAUUCCGUCAUGAUCCAGAUCACUGGUUUCUUGAUGAUGUGUCAGUAUAUGCUGGACCUGUUCAAAUGUUGAAUAAUACAGGUUUUGAAACUGGUUCUCUUUCACCUUGGGUAAGAACAACACCAUAUGGAACAUGCUCAGGAGUAGCAGGCUAUGUGUGUAAUAGUUAUUCGCCUCGUAGUGGAAGUUAUCAUUUAUGCGAUGGGAGUAAUGGAUGUGCUGAUCGAAUUAGUCAACAAUUUACGGCUACAACUGGACAAAUCUAUGUUGUGAGUUUUUGGUUAAAAUCUGGUGCAACAGGUUCUACUAUAUCUGCAAAGACAUUGUCUAAUAAUUCGAAUUUGGAAACAAUGAAAAGUAUGUCGAUUCCAUUUGAUCUAUAUGAAUCAGAAACAAACUCUUCAACUCUCAUUAAUCCAUCUGUCAUCGAAAUGCAAGAAAUUUCAUCAAUAGAUGAAACGAAUAUUACUCAUCCAAGAGUAAUUUCAUCAACUAUAGAUAAACAUCAUCCUGUUUCAUCAUCAUCAUCAUUGAAUAAAUCUCUUACUUUAUCUAAGAACGAUGAUACUUCAAGAAUUUUAUCGAGAAUAGAAUCAGUUAAAGAAUAUCAAAACCAAAAACCAAAUCGAAGAAGUCAUCAAUAUACAAAUCCAAUCAUUGAAAGAAAAUUAGAGAAAUCAUCAAAAAAUAUUGAAAAUAAUGAAGGUAAUAAAAGAAAUCGACGUCGUCGUAUUGGUACAAUCUGUUCAGCAUGUUCCAACUGUUGUUGUAUUUCAACAAUUAUUGGAAUUUUAUUAUUACUUUUUGGUAUU